CACUCAGUACACUUCAACACGUCACCUAUAGGCUGUACGAAGAAUGCAGUUAGUCUCGCCUGGCUUAAGCAGAUAUUUGGCCACUGCACUAAGCAGGAAUCACGUGUACAGUACUGGCUCUUGAUCCUCGAUAGCAACGGCUUCCAUGCAAGGAUUGUUUUUUCUGGUACUGUGAUAAAAAACUACUACACCACAAAUUCUUGUGAUAAUAGUGACUAUAGGUAG